AUGCCCGAUCAUGUGAAAGCUUCAUGUCAGGACGUCCAGUCCCCGGCUGUGCCAUCGGCGCCACCGCGGCAGGAGAAGGCUGUUGCUGCUGUGGCUACAGAAGCCAACGGGCAAGCAUUGCAGGGCUCACGAUCCGAGCCGCCGGCAGCGAAACGGUCAGUCCAUUCUGCCAACCAAUCCUUCUAUGCUUACGGUCCGCCUGGGACGCCUCACAGCGACUUUGUCAGGAUUGUCUCCUCGAAGCUACCGUACCAUGUUCGCCCCGACAAGCCCUCCAGGACGUUGAACGAUUGGCUGGCGGCCACGACCUCCGUGCCAGAGGUGCUUAACCUCAUUGGCACCUAUGGAGCCGAGUUCGACGGCACCAACACCGCAUCGGCUGGCGAAGUGGCACCGCGAAGCGCCGCACCACAGGCUCUUCGAGGACCACCGGUGGCACGAGGUUCUCAGCCAUCUGGAGCGCAACAUGCAGGCGCCAAACUUCCAGAGUCGCCAGCUGACCGGAGCCUUGUGGUCCUUCGCUACGCUGGGAAGGCGAUGGUCACGGAGCGCGCGCUCCAACUCUUGGGGAUGAACUUCGGAGGGCGAGAAACGGUCUACCGAGACUUGCUCCGUCAGCUGGACCGAAUCCACACCAGCCAGGAGGCAAAGAUCGACGAGCUCAGCCACGAGAAGGAGACGCUGAAGGCAGCCCUUGUGAAGCUACAGCGAGAGGGCUAUCAUGCGGGUCGCAUGGCGUCGAAGGAGUCGUCAAUGUCGUCCUUAGCUCUGGGCCUCCCUUCCGUGAGCUUCCAGCCUUCGCAGACGGAAGGUUUGGGUGAGGUCCUUGCUGAGCGAGCGAGUUCCGAUGCCAUUCCUGCGACGACAGGUGACGAGAAGAUCCUAGCGAUCUCGCAUGGGCUGUCGGAAGUUGACGUCCUGCUGGAGGACGACGAGGAGAAGUGCGAGCCCUAG